GCUCCUCCGAUGCAGGCCAUUAAGUGUGUGGUUGUGGGUGACGGGGCUGUGGGUAAAACAUGCCUACUGAUCAGCUACACUACCAAUGCUUUCCCCGGAGAGUACAUCCCCACUGUCUUCGACAACUAUUCAGCCAAUGUGAUGGUAGAUGGCAAACCGGUGAAUCUAGGCCUCUGGGAUACGGCAGGACAGGAGGACUAUGACCGACUCAGGCCGCUGUCCUACCCGCAGACGGAUGUCUUCCUGAUUUGCUUCUCACUAGUUAGUCCUGCCUCUUUUGAAAAUGUCCGCGCUAAAUGGUACCCAGAGGUGCGACAUCAUUGCCCCAACACCCCUAUCAUCCUGGUGGGCACCAAGCUCGACUUGAGGGACGACAAGGACACCAUUGACAAGCUCAAGGAGAAGAAACUCGCGCCCAUUAUCUACCCACAAGGCUUGGCCAUGGCCAAAGAAAUAAGUGCCGUAAAGUAUCUGGAGUGUUCCGCUUUGACACAGCGCGGCCUUAAAACGGUGUUCGACGAAGCCAUCCGAGCGGUCCUGUGCCCACCGCCCGUUAAGAAGAGGAGGAGGAAGUGCCGAAUUUUGUAA